AUGUUCAACGCGACCGGAUCCCGGACUGAAGAGCAGAUCUUCGAGGCACAGACCAAUACUCAGCUGGUCGACAAAAAUCUCAAGCAGGCUAAAAACACGGGUAUACCUGCGAGCAAACGAGUCGCGGCGCUCGACACCACCAUGUCCACUCUUGAGAACAAUUACGAAGGGUUCGAUUUUUCGACUUAUGCGGAAGAUGCUCUCUGUCUGUACCAUGCGUCCUUCAAGGGUGACGCAUUUGUCGGAGAAGCAGGGAUGGACGAGCUCAAAGCCCUAGUCGAGAAGCUCGAGAAGGAGAUGAAGAGGCGUGAGGAGUCCGGAAAGGAGAUGAUGGCGCGUGAGGAGAUGGUUAUUGAAGACCCUAAGCGCAGCGCUAUGCGUUAUUCGAUCAUCGAGGCAGAGCCGCGAGAUUGA